AUGUCUAGCCAGAAACAGAUUGAACCCAAGAAGCAGCAGGAGCUUCAGCACCAAUACACCAACUUCAAGAACACCCUUCAGCAAUUAGCACAAAAGAUCGGUGAUAUUGAGCAGGAGGCAGAAGAGCACAAACUUGUGAUUGAAACCCUCGACCCUCUCGCCGCAGACCGCAAAUGUUUCCGCAUGGUGAACGGUGUUCUAGUUGAGCGUACUGUCCAAGAUGUUCUUCCUACACUCAAGACCAACUCGGAUGGAUUGAAGCAAGUAUUGGAGGAUAUGCUCAAGCAGUACAAGUCAAAGCAGGGUGAGCUGGAUACCUGGAAGAAGAAGAACAACAUCCAGGUUGUGCAGCCUUAG